AAAUAAUGAAAUUUAUUCCAGAUAAUGUCAUCCAAGCUUAUAAAGAGAUGGGCUAUGGAGAAGUAAAUAUUCGAAAGUGCUGGGAAUUGGCAAAAGGAGAUUAGAAUAAAUUUGACUCCUAUCUGAUUGAUGGUUACUAGGAACCUCCUUCUGGUUAGAUGUAAAUAAUUCCUCAACCUGAUGUAAACAUCACAAAUUAUGUUAUAAGAUUCGCGUUUAAUAAGCAAAUGGGUUUGAAUAAUUUAACAUAAACUAUUAUUAGUAAUUUUAGUAGAGUAAUUGUUAUUAUCGACCUUCGGGAUUGAGGAGAAAAGACUAAUAUGUUGGAUUGGCUAACAUAGGCAAUACUUGUUCAAUAAAUUCUAUCUUAUAAUAUUGUCAUCAAAUCCCUUAGUUAUUUAGACUUUCGAUUGAGUGCUAGAAUGGUGAAAAGGAUGUAAUAAUUUUCUAUUAAAGUAGAUAUUUCAAAAAUUUAUCUUGCAUAUACAAAGAUUAUUCCUAUAACUCACAGCUUCUAAUUUAGAAUAUGUCAAUCCUUAAGAUGCCUUAAAUAACAUGUGUUGGGAUGCCCAAGAAAAACAAUAUAUUGGAGUUUAAUAAGACAUAGUUGAAAUUUUUAAUCUAAUUUUAAACAAAUUUGAUAAAUCGAUUCGUAGAUUACAUCUAUAGAAUCUAAUGGAAACCAAUAUUUAACGAGUGGAAUUGUUCGGGAAUCAACAAAUGAAUGGACUUUUUUAAAUAGUUUUUUUGAAUGAUAAUAAUCAGAGAGAAUAUCAUCCUAAUCUGGUUGCGACAUUGAAUCACAGGAAUAUUCGAACAUUUUUAUUAAAUGAAUUUACAAAUAAAAUCCUAGAGUUGCCUAAAUUGCUAAGAAUUUCUGUUAAUAGAAUUAAUUUUAGAAAUAGUAAGAUAAUUCAGUAUUUCUAGGAUCGAUUAUAAAGUUAAACGAUGAAUUUAUUAUCGACAACUCAUUGAAUCUUGAACUUUGUAUAUACAAUAAUAACAAUAUAAAUAAAAAAGAAGAAAUCUCCAUUUUACAAAACAAGAUUAAUGAGUUAUAAAAAGACAUCUAGAUACUUAAAUAAUAGCAUUCAUGUCUAGUAGGUGUCCUUAAAACAUAUGAAGAAGAUGGUAGUUUUACGUAUGUGAUAGAGUAAUUAAAAAUAAGAAUAGACGUGAAUCUAAAUAAAUAAAAAAUCAAAGAGGAAGAGUAUAGGAAAUAAUAAUCGAUAAUUAAUUAAUAUUAAGCUUCAAGUUAAUUUCAGUAUAGGAUUCAUUCAAUUGUCAUUCAUUUUGGAUCUGCAUGGGAAGGACACAAUUAUAUUUAUAUAUAUAACUUUUUUUUGGAAAAAUGGAUGAAAUACAAUGACAUUAGUGUUAGUUUAGUAUCAGAACACUAGGUGUAAAAUGAUUCAAAAACAUAUGGUCAAUUGGUUACUUAUGUGAAUCAAGAAAUGAUUCCUCUACUUAAAGCUCAUUAUUAGUUUAUUUAAACUAUUGGAAAUACUGUUGUGUAACAACCUAAUAGAGAUCUAUCAAAAAUGGCUGAACUAAAUUAUAUUCCUUAAAACGUGCUUGCCUCUGUGACGCAGAAAAAUUUAGAGAAUUGCCGCAACUAGGCUAGAUGA